GCAGCGGAAGCAUCACGUACCCGGACAUGACGCUAGCCAAUGGGAAAGUUCUGUGCGUGAGGUUAUGACGUCAGACGCCGUGGUGUGGGGAUUGGAAUGUUACAGUGUAGCAGUCGGAACCACUGAGCAUUCGGUAAGUGGACGCUAGGAUCAGAGACUUUCCAGUUUACAACUGUUAGAAUUCUCUGUCCAGAGAGAUCGCAGCAUUGCAGUCUUUGUAAGCCUUGGUUAUUUUUCAUAACAAACCCUGGCUGCUUUCAAAGAGAAGAGAAAUGCAGGGAUUUGUAUGGUUACAGUGCUUUAAAUAAACUACGAGCUUUCAGGAAUCAUGAAAUAACCCCCAGAUGCUGACGAGAUUCCGAUUCUGUGGUGUGUUGCUCCGUCCAUGGUGUUAAAAUAUAUCUCUGCGGCUUGUUUGUGUCCCUGCAUUUUAACAGAGGGUAUCCGUGUUGUGCAGCAGUUAUUCAGCUCAGGCAGCCAGUAGAAGUAGUUCGCCGGUUUCAGCAAGCUUGUAGUCGGCUACUGAGAGAGAAAAACAUCGGCUGGUUAAAACGGACAGUCCUGAACCCAUUGCUGGAUUAGACGAUACACCACCAACACCGGUUUGUAAAAAUGAUAGACAGAAGGGGAGAAAGAUAAAGAAGUCGCCCACAUGCGCUGGAUCAAUCUAAGGAUUUGGGAACGGAAUAAGAAGGUGGUGGAGGACAACUCUUUGAAAUCUUUGCAGGCUGGAAGAUGGCGGAUUGGAUCUGGAAGUGGUGAUAGCAAAACUUCGUGUUUUUUUGGAUUUAUUUGUAAAAAUCUCGAUCCAAACAGGACACAUGCAGGCCAAAAAACGCUAUUUAAUCUUGCUGUCCGCCGGCGUCUGUCUGAUUCUGCUAUUCUACUUUGCAGGCUUGCAAGUUCGAGCUACGAGGAAUCCGAACCGGCGUGAGAAUCAUAGCAGAAAUGGUUUUCAUGCGGGUCCGGGUCAGACCUGGCCGCAUUUUUCAGACUAUUUACAACCAUUUAUACCGUGGGAUCAAUUGGAAAACGAGGAUUACAACGCGCACAUAUCCCCAAAACAGAAAAGGGACGCGAAUGCAAGCAUUUACAAAGGUAAACGGUGUCGUAUGGAGUCAUGCUUUGAUUUCUCAAUAUGCAAGAAAAAUGGCUUUAAAGUAUACACCUACCCUCAACAAAAAGGGGAGAAAAUCUCGGAAAGUUACCAAAAUAUUUUGUCAGCGAUCGAGACAUCCAGGUUCUACACAUCAGACCCCAGCCAAGCCUGUUUGUUUGUCCUAAGUUUGGAUACUUUAGACAGAGACCUGCUCUCUCCUCAGUACGUCCAUAGCUUGAAAACAAAAGUCCAAAACCUGCAUCUAUGGAACAAUGGUAGAAAUCACUUAAUUUUUAAUUUAUAUUCGGGCACAUGGCCCGAUUACACAGAAGACUUGGGAUUUGAUAUCGGCCAGUCCAUGUUGGCAAAAGCUAGCAUCGGGACCGAAAACUUUAGACCUAAUUUUGAUGUUUCUAUUCCGUUAUUUUCUAAAGAUCACCCCAGGACAGGUGGAGACAGGGGUUAUUUGAAGUUUAAUACAGUCCCACCUUUUAGGAAAUACAUGCUGGUAUUCAAGGGGAAACGAUAUUUGACAGGGAUCGGAUCAGACACUAGGAAUGCCUUAUACCAUGUACACAAUGCGGAGGAUGUAGUCCUAUUGACUACCUGCAAACAUGGCAAAGACUGGCAAAAGCACAAGGACGCCCGUUGCGAUAAAGACAACGCAGAAUACGACAAAUAUGAUUAUCGGGAAAUGCUGCACAACGCUACCUUCUGUUUGGCUCCUCGAGGGCGCAGGCUGGGUUCCUUCCGGUUCCUGGAAGCAUUGCAGGCUGCCUGUGUCCCUGUUAUGCUCAGUAACGGAUGGGAGCUGCCUUUCUCAGAAGUAAUCGAUUGGAACACAGCUGCUGUCAUUGGAGAUGAAAGAUUGUUAUUGCAGAUCCCGUCAACAGUCAGGUCCAUCCAUCAGGACAAAAUCCUAGCACUUAGACAGCAAACACAGUUCUUGUGGGAGGCAUAUUUCUCUUCAGUGGAGAAGAUUGUAUUGACUACUUUAGAGAUCAUUCAGGAUAGAAUUUUCAAGCACAUAUCACGCAACAGUUUACUCUGGAACAGCCACCCAGGGGCACUGUUUGCAUUGCCACAGUAUUCUGCAUAUCUUGGAGAGUUCCCUUUCUACUAUGCAGAUCUUGGAAUCAAACCUUCAACCAAGUUUACUGCAGUGAUCCAUGCAGUGACUCCACUGGUUUCUCAGUCACAGCCAAUUCUGAAACUCCUUGUAGCUGUCUCCAAGUCCCAGUACUGUGCACAGAUUAUUGUUUUGUGGAACUGUGACAAGCCUUUGCCAGCCAAACACCGAUGGCCACCUACAUCUGUGCCUGUCAUAGUGAUAGAAGGAGAGAACAAGAUCAUGGGCAGUCGCUUUCAGCCUUAUGACACUAUACUCACCGAUGCUGUACUGAGCCUUGAUGAGGACACAGUACUGUCAACCACAGAGGUGGAUUUUGCCUUUACAGUGUGGCAGAGUUUUCCAGAGAGGAUUGUGGGAUACCCUGCCCGGAGUCACUUCUGGGACAGCAACAAGGAGAGGUGGGGGUAUACCUCGAAGUGGACUAAUGACUAUUCCAUGGUAUUGACCGGAGCUGCUAUAUACCACAGAUAUUAUCACUACUUGUACACAAAUUACCUGCCUGCUAGCCUGAAGAAUAUGGUGGAUCAACUGGCUAACUGCGAGGACAUCCUGAUGAAUUUCCUUGUGUCUGCAGUCACCAAGCUGCCUCCUAUUAAAGUCACACAAAAGAAGCAGUACAAGGAGACCAUGAUGGGACAGUCCACCCGUGCCUCUCGCUGGGCUGAUCCGGACCACUUUGCUCAGCGGCAGACCUGCAUGAACAAAUUUGCCAACUGGUUUGGCACAAUGCCCCUCAUCCACUCUCAGAUGAGGCUGGACCCAGUCCUUUUCAAAGACCAGGUCUCCAUUCUCCGUAAAAAGUAUAGGGACAUUGAGCGACUCUAACAAACACGGUGCUGAGCUGGACUGGAGAACAGAGAUCAGUUCAUCCCUUCAGCCCUUCAAUUUGCAGCACACCCACAAUGUUUCGAACCGGGAGGAAUAACUGCACAUGGAAUCACAAGACUCCUGGCUGGGAACUCUUUCUAUAUACUAUACACAGGCAUCCCGUGGCAUUGCACAGGCGUAAGUAGUUCGACUGCUGGGAUACAAAUUAAAGAACCAUCUCCACCCACCUCUGUUUUCAGCUGUGCAGAUUUGUAUUGUUUUAUGAUCAAGGUUUCAGAGAGAGGAGGCCCCCCAGCUACUGCUGUUCAUAUCAAAGCAUGAGGCAUAAAACUGAGGUCCUAUUGGAAGUGACUCUGCAGCAGCAGUUGUGAUGCACAGUUCACCCCUGGUCUCUAAGUCACUUUGGAUAAAAGCGUCUGCUACAUGACUAAUAAUAAUAAAAACACAUUAAAGGUUCUGUCGCUAAAAGGGAUUGCUUAAAGAAACUGCUCAAUCAUUAAAGAGCCUGAUGCUUUUAAUUUUGUAUUUUUUAAAAAUAUUUUAUUAUCGGACAGCCCGCAGGUACUAGGGAAACACUAUGUGCAAAAUAAGAAAGGACAAGUUUGACAAGUCAGGGCAAUAUAUGUUUUUUUUUUAAUGUGUGUGUUUUUUUUGCGUUCAUAAGGGAUACUCACUGUAUGCUAGUAUUAAUCCUGUUCUUUUCGAAGGCGGAAUACAUUUUCAAGCCUGACCACCAUUUGUUGCUCUAAAUGUUUCCAUCCUUAAGGAUGACAUUAUUAUUAUUAUUGUUUGUUUAUUUAGCAGACACCUUCAUCCAAGGCAACUUACAGAGACUAGGGUGUGUGAACCAUGCUGCAGUCACUUACAACAACGUCUCACCCGAAAGACGGAGCACAAGGAGGUUAAGUGACUUGCUCAGGGUCACACAAUGAGUCAGAGUGGCUGAGCCAUGAUUUGAACUGGGGACCUCCUGGUUACAAGCCCUUUUCCCUUUUAUUUAACCACUGGACCACACAGCAUCCUAUACCCCACAGUGGAACUACUGUUCAAAUUGUUCUACGAUAGUCUUUAUGAGGCAAAUUUACCCUGUUCCCUGUUGUCUACUUUUGCCACUUUCCAAGCGCAUAUAUAUAUAUAUAUAUGCAUAAUUGUGACAUUACACAUCUGAUUCUUAAAUUUAUUACAGUAUUAUUUUUAUAUUUGUAUUCUUUUUUAAUAAAAGUGUGAAAAUAGGAGAAAGUUUAAAAGAAAUAAAGAACAAGUCAAUCUAUCAUUUUUUUUUUUUAAGUUAUGACCUAUUAUGGUUCUAGUAAGUUACUUUUGGCUUUAUAAGUCAUAAUACAGAGAUAUGUCCCUUAACUGCAUCAUGGAGCUACUGAUAGCCUUUUAGAGAUCACCAAUUCCCAAGCCUGUACGUGAAUGAAUUCUAAUGGGGGGACGAAAAAUCACGCAACAGGGAUUCCUGUAGCUGCUACGCGGCUUCAAUGCACACGCAUGUAAAUAUGCCUUACAGAGGAAUUGACUGUAUGGCUUCUUGACCGGGUCAUUCAGAAGUUCAUCUUUCAGACACACAUAUGCUUAUGGGUUAAAUACCUUCAUUUGUUUUUAAAUUUUAAUUUCAAGGAAAUGGUGCUCUGACAAGGGGUAGUUCCUUGUUACUAUCUAUAAUAAAAGUUUGAUUUUUUUAAAGGCAGGGCUAUGUUAGCCUUUCCUUUACCAGUACUUGAAUGUCUGAUGACUUGAAGGAGUGCUGAGCAAGUGGCCUUUAGGAAAGGUGAUUAAACUUAAUUUCAACCACUGGUGAGAGGUGUAGAGCUAGGCUCAUUGUUGAGGGUGUUAAAUCGAUAUAAUUAAAAACGCAGAUAGCCCCUCAGUCUCCCUGACCCAGUCUUCGGUAUGCUGUUCCUUUGAAACGGUACAACUUGACAGUCUGCCAUUCUCAAGAAAAUAGUUUCACAAUACAAUUUCUCGUGUUUGGUACCGCAAUUAGCUAAGAGGUAAAUGUGGACAAUUACCUUCAUAACCAAAUAUGUUGACAAUUUUCCUCCUUUUACUAUCAAGUUGUUCUAGCUUAGGAGACCUUUUUGUUCCUGUUUUUUUUAAAAAAAGGGAAAUGGUUGAACAUAACUCUCAUUGCUGUAUACAGUACUAGAGCUCUUGUGAUAUAUGGUAUUUAGAUAUAUACUUUCUAUUACUGAGCUGAGAAUGCUGUCCGUGUAUGCGCAUACAGUGGAAGAUAAAUGCCUCACUGCUGGUUAAUCUUAAGUGUUGUUCUCCUUGUAAAUCACUUUAUUUUAAUUAAAUUUCAAGCCUUUAAUGUGCUCAUUUUAAAUAUUGAUUUUAUUCAUCUUUUGUUUUGAAAAUCCCACCUCUGCCUAGUAAACCAUAUCAUUACCGAAACAGAGAUGCUGAGCAGGCCUUGUCACAAUGUACAUAAACCUGUAUAUUUAUUUUGACAAAAAAAAAAGUGGUGUAGCGUAUGAUUGAUUGAUUAAAACAAUGUGGGAAUACUUAGACGGAGAAAUUGUAAAGCAAAAAAAAAAAGCAUACCUUAUUUUGUAUAAGAUGUACAUUUUGAAUUUUUUCUAAUAUGUUGCCAAUGUUUUUUCAUAGCGUUGCCACAUCUUUUCUAAAAUAGUUUGUCCCCUGUUGGUUAGAGUGAUGCAGACACCGUGCAAUUAAAAUCUAAUUGAAAUUGUGAGUGAGAGAAAGGUAUUACAAAGCCAUAUAACUUGAUUUAGCUUAAUUAAUAAUAGCCUCUAGAUUCUCCAUCAGAAGGUUGGUUGUUUUUGUUGGUAGUGCCACCAAAGACAGUGUCCUUCAGAUUUGUGGACACUGAUAAAAACAGAUCUUUUUUUGUGUGUGUGUGCGCGUGAGUGUCUUGGUGUGCUCAUCAAGAAUUUUUUAUUUUAUUUUUUUUUUUGAUCACCACAUAAGACCUGUAUAAUCACCUACAGACCUACAGGUCAUGUGACUUUCUGCUGCUGUUAGUUUUUUUGAACCAUGAAACAACUAUUUUCCACUCACCGUGUCUAUGUAAACUCAUGUUGACGUUAUUAUAAUAUUUGUGUCUGCUUGGCUCUGUUAAAGUCACAGGUGCAUUGGCGACUUAAGGACAUAUUUCAGAAAGGCAGCACUUCCAGUUUAAAUGGUGUUUUUUAUAUCAAUUAAUUUGCUUUAAAAGGUGUCACUUAAAACGAAAAAGCUCAAUUAUUCUACCACUACACUACUAUGAAAAGCAUUGCAAUGCUGUGUGGAAUGAGUUGGCUUUCAUGCAGCAUAUAAAAUAAAGAAAUCACUGUAAAUAAGGUUAUGUUUGUUGCUAGAUCUUUAUAAAAUAACAAACCAAAUACUGUACAAAUGUAGCAGUCAAAUACCGUAAUGAUGUCUAAAUACAGUCAUGUUAUUGCAAUGCAUUUUUGUCAAUUUUUUGAGAGUGGGAUUGAUUGAACUACAUAUGGGGGAAAUAUGGACACACAGCAAUACUGUAACUGUAAAAACAUGUAAUCAUUUUUUUUUUUUUUUUUAAUUCUCUUGCCACAAUAUUCAGAGCAUUUUACCUGAUGUCUCCUUCCGCAUAAAAAGUAGAUAGGAUGAAUAUGUGUACCUGUCAUUGGGGACUGCUGUUCCAGAAUAAGCCUCUGUAAAUACUGUAUCGUUGUUUCUGUUUAGUUACAGUGUGUAUGUGCCUUUUAAACAGAGCCACUAUGCUUUCUAGUCUUAAACUGGAAGUCUCCACAACUCUUCCCUGAAAUGUUUGGGAUUGUAUUUGUGUCUGUUUUUUUUUAUUAUUAUUAUUAUUAUUAUUAUUAUUAUUAUUAUUAUUAUUAUUAUUAUUAUUAUUAUUAAGACUCUUUUUACUUUCUUUUGGUAAAACCUUGUCUUACACUGGAGCAAUUGGUACAUUGAUAUCUGACAUUGACAUUCCUACCUUUUUAGUGGGAAGGGGUUGCAGUCCCUAUGGUACAGGCACCUGGGCUUGCAUGACACUUUAUUAUUUUAUUUCUUUAAAAAAAUUAAAAAGUGGUCUAUUUAUAAUGAGUAACAUAUAACACAUGCUGUGUUUUAUUCUGUCCUCUUAUUUCAAUCCCCCUCUAAUUAACAAGCAUUCUGAUGACUUUUGUAGAGAGAAUUAAAAACUAGAAAAUGACAAUUUUGUAAAUGAUUUUUAAAAAUAAAUCAUAUUUGUUAA